AUGAAGUUUUCCACUGUUUUGCCGCUUGCGGCGUUGACCACAGCCUUCGUGCUGCCUGACGAGCAGGUUCUCGGCGAGCUAGCCAUCGAAGACCACCAUGAGCAUACUAGCGUCGUCGACAGUUGGCUCGAGGCCGCUGAAUCUACCAAGAACGAUGCAUUCUCCAGCUUGAGGGAGCACAUUCAAGAGGUGACUGAGACAUCGAAGAAGACCUGGAACAAGGUGUCGUGCCAUGCAAAGAGCGUGCUUGACAAUGCUUUCGACAAGGCCAGCGAUGCUACCGACAUUUUUGGCGAUAGGAUGUCUGAAGCAGCCGCUGAUGUUGAGUCGUGGCUUGAGGAGAACGACGAUAUCGAUGUAUUUGGAGGUCGUCAUGGUCGUCGUCCCCACAAGCGACCGCACCACCACAAGCCCAAUGAGACCGUGUAUCAAUUGAUUGCCGGGAGCAAGUACACAACCAAGUUGGCCAAGCUCAUCUCCGAGUACGAUGACUUGGUUGAGGCACUUAACAGCACAAAGGCCAACUACACGAUCUUUGCACCAACGGACAAGGCUUUCGAGAAAAUUCCUCAGAAGGCUCCUAAGCCCUCCAAGGAGCAACUGAAGGCCAUUCUGUCUUACCACGUGCUCCCUGGCUUCUACCCGGCCGGACGCGUGCUCUCUACUCACACUGCUCCAACCCUGCUGAAGGGCGAGCACCUCAGCUCCGAACCAGAGCCUCAGCGUGUGACAUUCAAGCUCAGCCUUCGUGGUCUGACUGUCAACUUCUACUCUCGUAUCAUUGCUGUCAACAUCUUUGGCACUAACGGUGUUAUCCACGGUGUGGAUAGCUUGAUCUUGCCACCCCCAAGCAUCAUCUCAAUCGUAGACCUCUUCCCUACCCAGUUCAGCACUCUUGAGCUUGGUCUCGGCAAGACAGGCUUGUUGGAGAAGCUGAACAACACCGAGCAUUCUGGCGGUACCUUCUUCGCCCCUUCCAACUGGGCGUUCACGAAAUUGGGACCCAGGAUCAACGCAUUCCUCUUCUCACAAUACGGCACAAAGUACUUGAAGGCCCUGCUUGAGUACCACGUCGUGCCACACACUACCCUGUACUCUGACGCCAUCUACCAAGCCAAGAAGGAGGACGUCGACGCCAUGAAAGAGCUGCCUAAAAAGGGUCUCUUCCACAUUGACCUCCCCACUGUGCUCAAGGACCGAUCUCUGUCUGUCGACGUGGGACGCUACGGUGGCUUCAUCAGUAUCAAGAUCAAUGCAUUCGCCACCGUCGCUCUGCAGGACAUUAUUGCCAAGGAUGGUGUCAUCCAGAAGGUUGACAGUGUCCUCAUCCCGCCCAAGAAGCUGGGUGGUGCUGAGGAGGAACACUGGGAUGGAGACGAGAUGAGCGUUGAGGAGUUCAAGGAGCGUCUUGAGCCGUACAUGGCCAAGAGCGACUUGUAG